AUGGCAAUGGAAAACCAAACAAUGAUCAGCUAUUUUGUUCUCACAGGUGUUUCUGGUGACCCACAGCUCCAGCCUUUCCUUUUUGUGCUGUUUCUACUUAUAUACCUGCUAACUCUAGUGGGGAAUGGAGCAAUAAUGAUGGUGGUAAGAGCUGAUCCUCACCUUCAAACCCCCAUGUAUUUUUUCCUAUUUCAUUUAUCCUACUUGGACAUUUGCUAUUCUUCAGUCACUGUCCCAAAGCUGCUGUUAAAUUUUCUGGCAGAUAAGAAAACUAUUUCUUUCCCUGGAUGCAUUGCCCAGAUGAGCUUUAUUCUUAUGGCAGGCUGUGCAGAAGUUUUCAUGCUAUCAGCAAUGGCCUAUGAUCGGUAUGCUGCCAUCUGUGUCCCACUGCAUUAUGUGCAGACCAUGAACAAGCAAAUCCGCAUAAGACUGGUGGGUGGUGCGUGGCUUAUGAGUAUAGUUUUUGCACUGAUAAACAUUGGUCCUGUGUUCCAUUUACAUUUCUGUGGGCCCAAGGAAGUGAACAAUUUUAGUUGUGAGCUGCCAUCUCUACUAGAACUGUCCUGCACAGAGACCUUCACCAGUGAGGUGACACUUUUCACUUCAUCUAUGAUUUUAGGUUUAACCUCCUUCUCCAUCACCCUGGUCUCUUACAUCUGCAUCAUCUCCAGUAUCCUGAGGAUAUGCUCUGCUGAGGGUAGAGGCAAAGCCUUCUCUACCUGCAGCUCCCACCUCACUGUGGUUGUUCUGUUUUAUGGAGCUGGUAUGUUUCGAUAUCUGAGACCCAAAUUGGCCUCUUCAGUGGUUCUUGACAGACUGUUCUCUAUCCAGUACAGUAUCUUAACGCCCAUGUUAAAUCCUAUCUUCUACAGCCUGAGGAACAAGGAGGUAAAGGCAGCUCUUGGGAAUAUACUGGGGAAAAUUAAAAGAGUGUAA